GCAAGAAAAAAAGGGGUUUGACAAGUACAUCGAUGUCAAAAUCCGCUUUGUAUACGCCUGCUACGGAAACAUCGCUGCUGGGGAAAAUCAGAAAACGAGUAACAAAAGACUAUUAAACCUCGAAACGGCCACAAAAAAAGGAACGAACAACCUCACCUUGCUGUUUUUCCGGUCAAGCAACACCGAGAAAACGUACCUCCGUUACCCACACCCCCGAGCCGGGCCAGCAAAAAGAGACCACUGCUGCCCAACGGCCAUUGCGCCGAACAGCCAAAAAAAAGAGACUUCUCGAUCGCGGUUGCGAACGACAUCCUUUGUCUCUGCCGAAACGGGCUGCCAGACACACCACUGCCACUCGUAGCUGGCCGGAUUCUUGCUGCUGUCUACUGCGACUGCUGCGGCCAUUUCUCAAUAAUACUACAGUCUGCCUGGUCAGUUCCGUUUUGAACCAUUUUCCUUUGGAUUUUCUUUUCACACGCCCCUCCUUUACCAUGGUCCAUGGCAUUCAAUUUCUGUUCAUCCCACGCAUUUUACCCCCAUGGUAAAAGCACCCCAAGCCAAAAAGGCUAUCCCUGAAGAAGAGGGACCAUCAUUGGACACAAGUGGCCAAAGAAGCAUCAUUGUGUACAGCAUGGUAUUGCAUGUUGUAGGGGAGGGGGGCAAGGAAAGAAGGGGGGCGGCCAACUUGGAAAGAUGGGAAUGAGAGAACAGGAAAAAAAAACAUAAAUAAAAGAUGGCUAACAAACCUUUUGUCUGGCUGAACAGAGUCUGAACAGUCCAGUACCAAACCUAGCAUCCGUGACUUCAUAUCCUACCCGAAACCCCCGAAACGAAACGAACCACUUCUACUCCUCUCUCGGUUCUGCUGCCACCGCUCCUUCUCUUCCUCCUUGUCUCCUCCAUUCUAUUCUCCACCACAUUGCGCAUCGACGAGCUAGUUGCCUUCUCUAGCUAGCCAGACGGACCGGCCCGCCAGGGGGACAGGAACAAACAACAUCGAAAAAGAAAAUACUGAAAGAGAGGAAAGAGAAAACCAGAAGGGAAGAAGAAAAAAAAAAAAAAAGAGACAAGAGAGAAGAAGACGACCACAGGGGGUGAUCGAGAAUUAAGAGAACAAUGUGUUACUUUUAUCAAACACGUUGGUCCUGCGGAUAUUGGAGAUGGGGUCAGUUCAAACAGCAAUGCAACAAAGAGUACCGGACGGGCGAAACGUGCGGGCUGAAGCUGGUGUACGAAACCAUCACAAACGAGGACCGAUGCAAGCUGUGCUACGACAUGGACAAGAAGUAUCGUCGGUUAACCAAGAUGCAAGGAGACGUCGCUCGGUGGUGCCGCGAAGGAAACCGCAAGGCGACGAUCGAGCGGACAAACCUCGAGAUACAAGAGGUCAACCGCCAGAUCCAAGAAAUGAAUAAUCAGCAUUGGACACGGGUGAAUCUGUUGAACUGAUGGAUCGUCUACUGUCUGGCUGCUGCUUUGCUUGCUGCAGGACGGUUUGAUCAUGGUCCAUGGAGGGGCUCCUAUAUGGGUAUGUUGCAACUUUUUUUUUCUUUGGUUCGACUCUUCCCUUUUCCCCUCACCUCCCUCUCCGAAUUUUUCUCCAUAUACGAAUGCCCCUCGUUUGCCGGACCUGUUUUGUGCGGCUUGGUGGGAGUGGCGGAUUUGCUGCUCAGGGGUAAGCCGAGUCGGGGGUGUGGUGUGUGUGUGUGUGUGUGUGUGUGCGUGCUGCGAGUGUGUGUGUGCCAGCUACAGGACUGCCGUUUGCUGACUUGGCUUCUACUAUCAGUGGCUCUCGAACCUCCCUCACAUCUAGAGGGGACGACGAUAUGACGAAACGGAAUGGAAUGUGCGCGGAAACAAUGGUGCGGAAAAUCGAUUGAUGAAGAAAGAUUGAGGGAAAAGCGACAAGCAAGUCUUUGACACACUGCGGGACUGGAGAGGUUUCCUGUCGGACCCUGGCUUUGGGGGGAAUUUCCAAGUUGAACCACGUAACGGCCGUUCAUUCGCUGAUUCUGCAUCAUUUUUGGUCUCUUUUUUUCUUUCUUUUUCUUCUUCUUCUCCCUCUUCUUCAUCACUUUAUUCAUGGUCCCUUCUGCUCAGGUUGGGCGGACGGAGGUUCAAAUUUUCCAGAGACGGAAUUAUCGGAGGCUACAGGAUCCUGUACAGUUUCAUUUCUUCACCCGGAGAGCACUUCGGCAUAGUUAAUUCCAGCCCUCGUUGGCAGUCAAAGUGUUGUGUGCGUUUGGUGCCCGCAAGAGACCGCUUCGUGUAGGAUGCUUCGUCGCGGACCCGGUCCGCCGCUUAGGAGGCGACAGGGACUCGAAUGAUGGGCCCCUCAGCAGCACCUUGCUUAGUUUGUAUGCUCAUCUCAAGCUGCCCUCGGAGUCCCUUCCGUCAUUUCGAAUUGACUCUUCUGUCCCCUGCCUAGAAGGCCUUGGCCAUACAGAUACGCAUUUUUCCAAGCCCAUCUCGAACGGCUCUGACCCAAAGACUAUUGAAUUUUGGGAACCGAAUGAUGGCAAAGCCAAGCGUGGCAGUCAUGCUUCCUUCUCCAGGGCACACAUAACUGGGGAGGGAUUGAUGAAGAAAAGCUCUCCCACUUUUCCCCUCCUGCACGGCUGCCCAUCCAGCAGGUUUUUGGCGUGCUUAUCAGGUAAGUAAGUUGCAGAAAGCGGACUCUGCCGGCGAAUGAGAGUGGCACGCGAUAGUCGACGGCGACGGGACAGCAGGCGGUAUUGCGUCGAUCUGGUUUAGGUACAGCACAGGUACGACGAGUAGCGGCCCUCAAGCAAACAUCCAGGCCCUCCUCGCUCCUAUUUCUUUUGUUAUUUCGUAUUUCUACAGCGAGCUUGUAAAGUUUAUGUUCCUCAAGGCACGUCAUUCGUUCUCACGUGUCGCCGUCUAGCAAGUGAGGCGAGACCCCACGGCUUUGGGAUGAGCCCCCUCAAAGACUCCCGCGAGUGCCCCUCCCCAAAGCCCCUGUAAGCACAGCAC